UUAUUCCACCACCCACCGCAAUGAUUAUACUACUCAUACUGCCGAUGGGUCUAAUUUCACUCACUCUCCUCGCAACGAUCUCAACAAUUAUCAUAAUAAUUGUCAAUUUAACAACAUUAAAAAUUAUGAUACUAGUAGCAUUCAAACUCAAAGCCUAAGGGACAAUGAAGACGAAGUGUUCAGACUAUAUAUUGAUGCUUAUAGAAAAGGACUUAAUGCAAAGCAAGCAGAAUAUGCAAUUAAAAAGUAUAAAAGACAUCGUGUUAUUUCUCAAUCAAUUUUUGAAGAAUUAUCUUAA